UUCUCUGAUUGGUUCGGUCUCUUUCUUUAUCCGCUUUCGGCGUUGUCUCCUAUAUAUACACACCUUGUCAGUUCUGUAUUUUCCCGAGAAAAUCUCUUGGAAAAUCGGUGAAGCUAUGGCGGAGACGCGAGUGACGAUCGAAGUUGGACAUGACGGAGUUGCAGUCAUCACCAUCUCCAACCCUCCCGUUAACUCCCUCGCCCAUCCCAUUAUUUCUGGGUUGAAGGAGAAGUUUCGCGAGGCGAUUCAGAGGAGUGAUGUGAAGGCGAUUGUGUUGACCGGGAAAGGCGGCAGAUUUUCUGGCGGUUUCGACAUCAAUGUCUUCCAGAAGAUUCACAAAUCUGGAAACAUAUCGCUUUUGCCUGAAGUAUCUGUUGAUCUGGUUUGCAACCUUAUUGAAGAUUCGAAGAAACCUGUCGUUGCUGCCGUAGAAGGGUUAGCUUUGGGUGGUGGCUUAGAGUUGGCAAUGGGAUGUCAUGCUCGGGUUGCUGCCCCAAGAGCUCAGCUAGGGUUACCAGAACUAACCCUCGGAGUUAUUCCAGGUUUUGGAGGGACCCAGCGCCUUCCAAGAUUGGUAGGACUUGCAAAAGCAAUAGAAAUGAUAUUGCAAUCGAAGCCAAUAUUAUCUGAGGAGGGGCAGAAGCUAGGUCUCAUCGAUGCUGUUGUGUCUCCCAGAGAUUUGUUGAAUGUUUCCCGGAAAUGGGCUUUAGACAUUGCGGAUAGACGCAAACCAUGGUUACGCUCUCUUCAUAGGACUGACAAGAUUGGCUCCUUAUCAGAGGCCCGUACAGUACUGAAAAAUGCAAGACAACAGGCCAAGAAGACAGCACCAAAUAUGCCUCAGCACCAUGCUUGUCUUGAUGUGAUUGAAGAAGGGAUUGUCCAUGGAGGAUACUCUUUCCAAUCGAGGAUAAGUACCUCAACUACAUGAUUUGUUUUGCAGGAAGCAGAAGUUUUCAAUGCAUUAGUACUGUCAGACACUGCAAAAGCUCUUGUUCAUGUUUUUUUUGCACAACGUUCAACAACAAAGGUGCCUAAUGUAACUGAUGUUGGACUGAAACCGAGGCCUAUGAAAAAAGUUGCAGUUAUUGGUGGAGGCCUGAUGGGUUCUGGCAUAACUACUGCUCUUCUUCUAAGCAACAUAAUUGUUGUACUCAAAGAAGUCAAUUCAGAAUACCUUCUGAAGGGGAUAAAAUCAGUUGAAGCAAAUGUUAAAGGCUUGGUAUCUAGGGGAAAGCUGACGCAAGAUAAAGCAGACAAAGCCCUUUCUUUACUCAAAGGAGUUCUUGAUUACACAGAAUUCAAAGAUGUGGACAUGGUUAUAGAGGCAGUAAUUGAAAACGUUACACUGAAACAAAAUAUAUUCAGAGAGAUCGAGAAGGCAUGUCCCCCUCACUGCAUUUUGGCAACCAAUACAUCUACUAUUGACCUCGACGUAAUUGGAGAGAAAAUCAGCUCAAAAGACCGCAUAAUCGGAGCACAUUUCUUCAGUCCAGCUCAUGUGAUGCCCCUUUUAGAAAUUGUCCGUUCAGAGAAUACUUCAGCACAGGUGAUUCUGGAUCUCAUGACACUUGGGAAGACUAUAAAGAAAGUUCCUGUUGUGGUUGGAAACUGCAUAGGCUUUGCAGUGAACCGGACAUUCUUUCCCUACACACAAGCUGCACAUAUGUUGGUUCAUUUAGGAGUAGACUUGUUCAGAAUUGACAGGAUCAUCACCGCUUUCGGCCUCCCGAUAGGCCCUUUCCAGCUCGCGGACUUAGCUGGAUAUGGGGUUGGAAUUGCAGUCGGGUCAAUAUAUGCGAAGGCCUAUGGUGACCGUAUUUUCAAGUCCCCAUUGACUGAGCUGCUGAUUAAGAAUGGACGAAAUGGUAAAAACAACGGCAAAGGGUUCUAUAUUUAUGAAAAGGGAAGCAAACCAAGACCUGAUCCAUCAGUGCGUCCUGUAAUUGAGGAAUCUAGAAAGCUUGUCAAUAUCAUGCCUGGUGGGAAGUCUAUAACAGUUUCUGACAAGGAAAUUCUGGAGAUGAUAAUGUUUCCUGUUGUGAACGAGGCCUGUCGUGUCCUUGAUGAAGGAGUUGUGAUCCGAGCCUCGGACCUGGACAUUGCAUCUGUCCUUGGGAUGAGUUUUCCGUCUUACCGAGGGGGAAUUGUGUUUUGGGCUGAUACAGUUGGGGCGAAGUACAUAUACGAAAGGCUGAAGAAGUUAUCGGAGACAUAUGGCGGAGGCUUUUUCAAGCCGUCGAGGUUUCUGGAGGAAAGGGCCAUGAAAGGCAUGCUUUUGAGCGAAGCAGCUUCACCAUCUUCUCCGGGAUCAAGGGCUCGCUUGUAAAAGAUAUAAGAAGUCGAGGGACAAAAUACAGGGUUGAUGCCAUUAAUAAAACAGGCAGCAGAUGGAGGGAGGUAAACGCGUUUGCUUCUCUCUCUCGCCUUACAAAAUCAAUAAAUGAUAAUCAGAAGCAGCAGCAGAAGAAAUUAGAGAGGUGGUAAGUUUCAUUUCAUUUGAUUGUUAGUUGGAACAUCGUAACUGUGUCACGAUCAAACAUAAUGCCUCUUCUGUCCCUAAUGGUACGGCUUGCUUUUAUUUAAUGAUUUUGACUCCUUAUAGACUAA